AUGUCCGAGGAACCGAAGCCGUCCCUCGACCUCUCCUUGCGAGCGGUGUCGGUGGCACAGACGGACGCAGAAAUGAACCGAGUCGAGAACCGGCUGGCCAGCUUCAAGAACUGGCCGCUUACGGGCGACUACCUGCAGUACUCGCCGGCACGGAUGGCCGACGCCGGGUUCUACCACUGCCCCAUGGAGAACGAGCCAGACCUGGCUCGCUGCUACGUCUGCCUCAAAGAGAUGUGCGAUUGGAAGCCCAAUGACGACCCCUUCGAGAAACACGCUCGUUCCACCGAGUGCGAGUUUCUUCGCUUGGGGAAAAGGCCGGAGGAGCUGACUGUCCUGGACUUUUUUUUUUCAACUGGAGGAAGCUCGCAUGCAGAACAAGGUGCGAAAAUACGUGGCGGUUCGUGA